AUGAAUUGUAUCGCAAAAGAACAACUGAAGCCAAUACAUUUUUAUCAAAUUCCAUAUUCACAUUUUUGUGAUAAAGUUCGUUGGGCAUUAGAUUUUUAUUCAUUAGCAUAUGAAUCAAUUAACUAUAGUCCUCGUCGAAGCCCAGGACUUAAAAAUGCUCCGUCAAACCUGCAAAAAUUAGUACCUAUUAUUGAAGAUCCAAAUAAUGAAUCUACAUUUAUUUCUGAUUCAACACCAAUUCUACUCUAUCUUGACAAUCAUUAUGGUGAUAAAAAAACAUUAUUUCAUACAAAUAUGAUUGCUAAAAACGAUGUUAUUAUCCAAUAUUGUUUAAAAUUAGAUAGUGAAUUAGGUUUAUGUGCUCGACGUUUGGCUUAUUUGCAUGUCAUUAGUGAAAAACCAGCUAUAUUGUCUGUUUUGAUCGAUGGAAACUAUAAUAAAACAACACGAGAUGAUUGGUCUUCUUAUUUUUUUGGUUUAAUAGGUUCGAGUAUUGUAAUUGCUCGUUUUGGAAUUCAUCAAAUACGAGAAGAACAUAUUUUUGAUAAGACAAUAUGUAUUUUAGAAGAAAUUCAACAAAAUAUUGAUGGAAAACAAUAUUUAUUUAAUGAUCAAUUUACAGCUGCUGAUUUAACAUUAACUGCAUUGAUUCAACCUUUGAGAAUGAUACCAGCUUUAUUUAUAAAAUAUAAAAGUGCAUUCGAAUAUUGUGAUCGUAUUCGUAAACGACAUGAUCCAAAAGAAUUCGAAGAUUCUUAUGUAGAACGUUUACUUAAACAUCACCGUCAAGAAAGACAAUCAUCACAAUAUCAAUCAAUAUUUCGAAAUAUAAUUUGGCAUGUUUUUUACAUUAUGUUCUAUCCACUCAAAUUCUUUUUUAUUACCACCGGUACGCAAACAAAUCACUUAUAUCAAUAUCCAUCAACGAAUCUAACUGAAAAGGCACAUAAUGAUAAUCGAAUAUUGAAAUUUCAGUCAUUAGUCAAUAAGGUAAUCUUUUUUAGCACAUAUUUAUGGCAUUUCUGGUUUACUAUACCGAAACAAAUGGAAUUUGCCAAUGAAGAAGGAAAUCGAAUUUUGCAUAGACAUUCGUAA